AUGCCCGUCCGGCCGGCCAGCAAGGAGCCGGAGCACGUGAUGCCGGGACCGUCGCGCGGCUGUCUCUCCUUGUUCUCUCUGCACUGGAUGACGGGUUUGAUGUGGAAGGCCUACAACGGCACAAUAACGACCAACGACGUCUGGCGAUUGCGGCCAGACGACGCCAGCCACCACAACUGCGAACGGCUCGAGCGCCACUGGGAGGCGGAGCUGGCGCAGCGCGGCGCCACAGACGCUUCGCUGUCGCGCGCUCUGCUGCGUACCUUCCGCAUGCGCACCAUCGUCUCCUCGGUCGCCAUGGUGGUGGCCCUCGUCCUACAGAUCAUCGGGCCGUCGAUUUUGCUUGCGGCAAUGAUGAACUACGUCAACGAUCCGUCAGCACCGUACAUACAGGGCGUCUACAUCAUGCUACUGAUCCUGGCCUGCCGGGUCGGCUACACCUACUGCUUCUACGGCCGUCCCGAGCGUCUGGUGCGCUCCAUCUACAGAAAGAUGCUGCGUCUGCGCGUCACCUCCGACCAGGUGCUGGGCAAAAUGGUCAACAUCUGCAUCAACGACAUGGAGCGGCUGUUCGACGCCUUCACCACCGGCCCGCUGGUGUUCUGUACCUCAUUGAGGAUGAAGCUGGUGGUGGACACGGACCGUCGUGUCACCCUGACGUCGGAGAUCAUCGCCGCCACCCACCUCAUCAAGAUGUACGCCUGGGAGGACAGCUUCCGAGACAGGGUGAUGGAGAUGCGGGCUGACGAGCACGAGAUACUGCAGAAGGCCGCCUUCCUGCAGUCCUUCUCCAACACCACGUGUCCGCUCGUUGCUGUCCUGGCCACCAUCGCCACCAUCCUCGGCUAUGUACUGAGCGGUAACGUGCUGACGGCGCAGGCUGCCUUUGCCACCUUCGCCGUGUUCAACGCCAUGCAGUUCCCGAUCGGCGCCCUGCCGUACGGAGUCAAGAUUGAUGACCGAGAGCGCAAGGUACAGCAUGUGGCCUUGAAGCAGUCCAUGAAGGCAACCGUCGUGCAGCCGGACACGAAGGCUACCCUGGAGACGGCCGUGCCCGCGAACGGCGCGCACCCACUGGCCGCCAACGGCGCGCACCCGCUGGCCGCCAACGGCGCCACGAUUCCAGCGCCGCCCAACGGCGACCAGACGAAGGAAGUCGCCGUCGUCGAGACGGAGGUCAUGGUGACACUUCGCGACAUAUCGCUACGGAUUGACUACGGCCGGCUGGUGGGCGUGGCUGGGUCGGUGGGCUCCGGCAAGACAUCCCUGCUUGCCGCCAUCAUGGGUCAGGUCAGUGGGAAGAUCACAUCUGUUGAUACGGGGCUCAGGUCAUUGGGGAGCUGCGCUCUCAGGAAGGCUCGCUGCGCUGUCGGGGCCGCAAGGCGGGUCGUCUCGCAAGUGGCGUGGAUCUUCUGUGGCACGAUGCGCGAGAACAUCUUGUUCGGUGCGCCACUCGUCUUGGACCUCUACAACCGCGUGCUGGACGUGUGCGCGCUGCGCACCGACCUGGAGAUGAUGGAGCAUGGCGACCUCUCGGAGAUCGGCGACCGUGGUCUGAACCUCAGUGGAGGCCAGAAGCAGCGCAUCAACAUGGCGCGCGCCGUGUACGCCGCCGCCGACAUCUACCUCCUCGACGACCCGCUCAGCGCCGUCGAUAGUAACGUUGGCAAGCAUAUCUUCAACCACUGCGUCCGCGGACACCUCAGCGGCAAGACGGUGCUACUCGUCUCUCACGGCGCGCAGUACCUGUCGCAGUGUGACGAGGUGCUGAUGAUGAAGGAAGGCCGUCUGGUGGAGCGAGGCACGCACGCUGAGCUGAUGGAGCGUCGCGGGGAGUACUUCAAGUUGGUCAGCUACGACACGACCACGUCGGCUCACCAGACGCCGAAUAAACACUUGACACCUGGAAAUGGACACCCGAAACCCGGCGGCACCGCCGAGGAGGAAGGGGAAAAGAUCGAGAAACGUCUGACGGGGGAGGAGAGCUUUGUGCCCAAACUGGGCUUCUUCAGCCUGCUGUACCUGUACGUGAAGCCGGCCGGCUUGGCCGUUAUGAUGGUAGUCGUGCUGCUGAUCAUCCUCUUCAGCCUCAGCCGUACGGCCAUCGGCGUCUACCUUCAGUACUGGCUGGACACCGGCGACGGACUCAUGGAGGAACGACUACGGAAUCAGACGGGGUACAACGUCACCUACACUGCGGAGCAGCUGGCCGGUGUCAUCAACGACAAUCCGGACCUAAACCAGCACAUGAUCAUCUACUCCAUGAUGGCCGUGCUUAUGUGGAUGAACAUCGUGACACCUCCGAGAGAACGUCUUUGA